GAGAGCGCAUGGGAAAGGUCUCCAAUGGUGACAGACAGCUGCAAUUUAUAAGCGAAUCAGUGAAUUGUGCUUGGCGCUGGUACCUGCAAAACAGAUGUAGUUAAAAUAUGCAUUACUGAAAUGUUGCAGUAAAAAGUGAUUGAGAACAGGGUAUUUGUGGGACAACGAGGGUAAUUUGCAGUUUAACUAGCAUUGUACGAGGAUGUACGCGCAGAGGUAAUGGCAAAACAACCUCCGAAGAAUUGGCCUUAAUGGGGCAGCGUGGGAUGUAAGAGUACCUGCGGCCUCGGACAACAGGACGCCCCUUGGCACGAGUUGUGCCGAUUAACCGUGAGUCCCAAACGUCAUUCACAGUAGCUUUGGAGCAUAGAAUGAUACACUUUAUUUUAUCAUCGUCCGUGGUUGUGCGUUACUGAAGGCAACGUCGGCUUUCCACACCGGUGUGACGCCGUCCCAGAAACCAAUACAUUGCCGCUGCCUUGAAGCUGUCACAUAGGGGCCUGCACAGAGAGGCUCUAUCACUGCUCAUUCAGCUGCUGCAGCUGUUAUAUUGGUAACUUUACUUGCAGAAGCACCGCAAACGUCGAAAAAAAAUUGUGCUGUGCUUAUUUAGGUGUCUGGGCUCCUGAACCCUCAGAACUUGGGUACUGUUUUACACUGGUGUAGAAGAUAUUUAAUUGGCUGAAAUGGAUGAACAAAGUGUUGAAAGCAUCGCUGAGGUAUUUCGCUGCUUCAUCUGCAUGGAGAAGUUAAGAGAUGCACGGCUCUGUCCUCACUGUUCAAAACUCUGCUGUUUUAGUUGUAUUCGGCGUUGGUUGACUGAACAAAGAGCACAGUGUCCACAUUGUCGGGCCCCUCUGCAGUUGAGAGAGUUAGUGAACUGUCGCUGGGCAGAAGAGGUAACGCAACAACUUGACACAUUACAGAUGUGUAGCCUGUCAAAGCAUGAAGAGAAUGACAAAGACAAGUGUGAAAAUCAUCAUGAAAAACUCAGUGUUUUCUGCUGGACCUGUAAGAAGUGCAUCUGUCACCAGUGUGCUUUGUGGGGAGGCAUGCAUGGUGGACACACUUUUAAACCCCUUGCUGAAAUCUAUGAACAGCAUGUCACUAAAGUGAAUGAAGAAGUUGCUAAACUUCGUCGUCGACUUAUGGAACUGAUCAGUUUAGUCCAGGAAGUGGAACGAAAUGUGGAAGCAGUACGUGGGGCAAAGGAUGAGCGAGUGAGAGAAAUCCGUAAUGCAGUGGAGAUGAUGAUUGCUCGACUUGAUAAUCAGCUAAAAAAUAAACUUAUCACUCUCAUGGGACAGAAGACUUCUCUGACACAAGAAACUGAGCUGCUGGAGUCUUUACUACAAGAAGUGGAACAUCAGUUGAGAUCCUGCAGUAAGAGUGAACUGAUAUGCAAAAGUCCUGAGAUUCUUCUGAUGUUUCAGCAGGUGCACCGUAAACCCAUGGCCUCUUUUGUAACAACACCAGUGCCUCCUGAUUUUACAAGUGAGUUGGUUCCAGCCUAUGAUUCAAGCACCUUUGUUCUGGUAAAUUUUAGCACAUUGCGACAGAGAGCAGACCCAGUCUAUAGUCCACCUCUACAAAUAUCGGGACUUUGCUGGAGGCUGAAAGUUUACCCUGAUGGAAAUGGUGUGGUGCGAGGAAACUACCUCUCCGUAUUUCUAGAACUUUCUGCUGGACUUCCAGAAACAUCCAAGUAUGAAUAUAGAGUGGAAAUGGUACAUCAAGCUUCGAAUGAUCCAACUAAAAACAUAAUUAGAGAGUUUGCUUCAGACUUUGAGGUGGGGGAGUGCUGGGGCUAUAACCGCUUCUUCAGGUUGGACUUGCUUGCCACUGAAGGUUAUUUAAACAUGCAGACAGAUACAGUUGUGCUGAGAUAUCAGGUACGUUCACCCACAUUUUUCCAGAAGUGCCGGGACCAAUAUUGGUACAUUAAUCAGUUGGAAGCAGCACAGGCCAGCUAUAUUCAACAAAUAAACAACCUUAAAGAGAGGAGGGCCAUUGAAUUUCUCCGAAGGCAGAAAUCCCGCAGUGCCUCUCCACCUGAUCAGCGUCUAUGUGCCUCUGCUUCAGAAAGAGCCCCCCGACCUGGGAAAGUGUCAGUGCCUGAGGGCACUUCACAGUGUAGUGGAGGGGAGCUAAAGGAGGAAGAGGAAGAAAAAACUCAAGAUGAUUUGCAUGAACUGUCAGAUGGUGAUUUGGAACCUGGUUUUCUAAUGGUUGAUGAUGAUGUGAAUCCACUAGAUGGGAGCAGCACAUCUGGGAGCUCCACUGCUACGAGUAACACUGAAGAGAAUGAUAUUGAUGAAGAGACAAUGUCUGGUGAGAAUGAUGUUGAGUAUAGGGGUAAUGUGGACAUGGAGGAAGGAGAACUGCUAGAAGAUCUUGCCGGGGCUGCAGGUGGCUCAACUUCAAGUCUACGCAGCCUAAGAAGAGGUGGUUCUGGCAUAGUUUCUUCAACAAGUGGUAGUCUUUUAGAAAUUGAUCCAGUUAUACUUUUUCAGCUACUGGAUCUGAAGGAUCGAAGCAGUGUUGAAUCAUUUUGGAGUCUGCAGCCUCCUUCUUUACUACAAACAAGCACAGGACAUUCGAGAAAAGAACGUGAGCGGCGACCGCAAGCAGUGAGAAAGUCUGGCCCAGAUUCUGGGGUGCUGAUUCAUUUGAAAGCACAGAUGGCAGAGGUGCGGAGUAAAAUGUGUGAUGUGAAGAACAAGUUGGAAGCCAGAGGAGGAGUAAGUACUGCGGAACCCAGGUCCGGAGCAUCCGAAUGCUUGCUGGAUCAGGGAUCUACAAGUGAAUCUGAAGUGCCCACCAGAAAACUCGGUAAUCUGGAGCUGCUAACGAAGGGAGCUACCUUUAACAAAUACUCCAGAAGCAGCAAAAAGACAUCUCUUUCAAAGCCAGAAUCUGCUGCAGUGGCACGUAGUCUUUCUCUCAGGAGGGCUGUAGAUAGUACUGAGAAGGAAGCUGCAUGCUCGUCUGGUGAAGGCAGAUCAUGGCCUACAGAAGCCUUAUCAAUAACUGAAGAUUUCUCACCAGGUGCCACAAAGCCUCGCAGUUCACACAGCUCCCCUACAGCCCUUCGUAGUGCAAGUCCAUGUGAAAAAUCAUCAACCACAAAACACGAAGACCAGUCUUAUGGAGCCACUGGUACAGACAUUUUUGGAAUUACUGGCCUCAAUGGAAUUCUGCACCUGGACAAACUUCACAGAGUAUCAAAUGCAGGGUCAGGGCUGUUAACGGAUGGUAACUUGGAAUGUGACCAGGAGGGAAGCAAUGGCAUUCAAGAAUCACUGCUAGCACUUUCUGAGAGAAGUUCAAGGAUGGAAGAGGGACUGAUGUGUCAAAAACAAGUUCUUCAUCUUUUACCUGGGAUGAGCAGUGACAGCGAAAUUGAAUGUGAUACUGAGAAUGAAGAAGACAGUGGUGCCUCGGAGUCUCGGGCAUUGCACUAUGAUGCUUCGCCUCCAGUGCCAGAGGACCAGCAAAACACUGAAGAUACGAAGUUCAAUGAUGCCGCUGCUGCAGCAGAGAGAUGAGACUGAAGGUCAUGAAAUGAACAUGAGUUCACUGGUGACUAACAUCUCUUCUCUGGAAAUACAAUUUUUGUAUGUAUUGUCUUUUAAAUGUGUUGUAUGUAUGCAUCAAUAGAUAUAAAAAAACAGCCUGUAUUUGCUGCAUUUUGUGUACAUUAUGUCUUUGGAUCUGGAGGUCCUGUUGAGUACAUUUUUUUUAUUUUUUUUAAUAAUUAUAAAGAUUAAAUUUAUAAACUAAUUUAUUUUCAAACAAUGUGACUGAAAUAUGCCCUUUUUGCCAUGUUAAUGUAUGUUUAUGUGAAAAUGGGAUAAUUAUUCCAUCUUCACUUUAUUAUACUGUGAAAUUGCAACAGUUUGAGUGCUAUCAAGUUAUGCUGGGGAAACCUAUUUGCAGUCUUCUAAUAUUGCACACUCGGGUAAAAGUAAAGUAAAAUGAACAGAGGGAUGGUUGCCAAGGAAUAAUAUUUUUUUGAUAUUUUACAAGGCAUGCCCAGAUUUGCUUCAUCCUUUUAAAUAUGUUCUAUCCUCUAUGUACAGCAUGAUAUGUCUUGAUGUAGGUGGCUUUGAGCAGAACAAGAACAAAUUCAACUGGUCUGUUUUGGAAGGAGUACAAGUAGAAUAUCUUCUUGAGCAAAGCCAGUUAAUGAUGGAUGGAUAUUCUCUUGCUUUUUUUUCCUCUCUUUGCCUUAGUUUGCAGAAUGCCCAACACUUCCAUCCUCCACCACCUUUUAUCACCCCCCAAUCCUCUUUUAACCAACAUUGAAAAUAACUAAUCAUUUGAAUUGUGCAUUCAGAAAUUGAUUUUGCUCCUUUUUAAAGCUUAAAUCAUGAAGAGAUUAUAAUGCUGGAAAAUUUGUUUUCCUCUUACCUGUGGAUUUCAACAUACUGAAAGAAAAUGAACAGAUUAAUCCAAACUCUGUAAAUAAGCUUUUGAACUGUUUGCAUUUUAAACUGUAAUGGGAUUUUUUGUGAAUGUUUACUUUUUGUUAAGUUAUAUGCUAAUAAAAGAACUAAGUUAAUUUAA